GGGUGCAAUUCCAGACUCCUGAGCAUCCCCAUUCCCGUCCUGGAGCGGGAAACCUGCCCUAACAGCUUGACCUUCAGUCUCCUUCCCUGAGAGCAGAGCCCACCAUGCAGGCAGACUCCGUUCUCCACAGUGGUUACUUCCACCCCGUGCUGCGCUCCUGGCAGUGCACGGCCACCAUCUUCGAUGCCUCCAACCUCAUCUACCCCAUCUUUGUCACUGACAGCCCUGAUGCCGUGGAGCCAAUUCCCAGCCUUCCUGGACAAGCCAGGUAUGGAGUGAACAAGCUGGAGGGGAUGCUGCAGCCCCUUGUUGAAGACGGCCUCAAGUGUGUGCUCAUCUUUGGGGUGCCCAGCAAGGUGCACAAGGACGAGAGAGGCAGUGCUGCUGAUGCCGAGGGCACUCCUGCUAUCCAGGCCAUCAGGAAGAUCCACUCCACCUUCCCAGAGCUGCUGAUUGCCUGUGAUGUCUGCCUGUGCCCUUACACCUCACAUGGGCACUGUGGCAUCCUGCGUGAGGAUGGCACCAUCCAGAACGAGCUCAGCUGCCAGCGCCUGGCCGAGGUGGCACUGGCUUAUGCCAAAGCAGGCUGCCACAUCGUGGCCCCCUCGGACAUGAUGGACGGGCGCAUUGCAGCCAUAAAGCAGGCACUGAUCUCCAACGACCUGGGCAACAAGGUCUCAGUGAUGAGCUACAGUGCCAAGUUUGCUUCGUGCUUCUACGGCCCCUUCAGGGACGCGGCGCUGUCCAAACCUGCCUUUGGGGACCGGCGCUGUUACCAGCUGCCCCCGGGCGCCCGCGGGCUGGCCCUGCGCGCUGUGGACCGGGACGUGCGGGAGGGCGCAGACACGCUGAUGGUGAAGCCGGGGAUGCCCUACCUGGAUCUCGUGAGGGACGUCAAGGCUCGGCACCCCACGCACCCGCUGGCUGUGUACCACGUCUCGGGGGAGUUCGCCAUGCUGUGGCACGGGGCGCAGGCCGGCGCCUUCAGUCUGGAGGCGGCGGUGCAGGAGGCGAUCACGGCCUUCAGGCGCGCAGGUGAGGCUGCGACCCCCGUGUCCCCCUCUCUAUGCCCCGUGUGCCCCCGGGCUGGAUCCAGCGUCUCGUCUCUCCGCAGGGGCCGACAUCAUCAUCACCUACUUCACACCGCAGCUGCUGCGCUGGCUGCGGCAGGCGGCGGGCCGGCAGUGAGCGCGGCCAUUGCGGCCGGGGCGGGUUCUCCGGGAUGGGAGGGAAUUCCGGUAGGGGCGGGUUCUCCAGUAGGGGCGGGUUCUCCAGUAGGGGUGGCCCUUCCGGACAGCGGCGCAGGUGGGCCCCGGCACUGUGCGCCCCCCCCAGCCCGCAGCCCCCGCGCACCGGGAGCUCGGCCCGGUGAGCGCCGGCACCGCCCCGCACCUCCGGGACCCGCGGGGACACCGCGAGCCUGCACCUGCGUUCCAGCGGUGCUCCCGCCCCCGACAUCCCGGCUGUGCCCCGGACGCCCUCCCCCGACACCCCGGCCGUGCCCCUGACCCCCA